CUGUCGGCGUUUGGUGAGCAAAAGUCUCCACACCACAGUGUGUCUGAAGAAAACUGGAACAGAGCGCUGGUGGUUGGAGCGCCAUUUGAAGGAUCCCUUUGUCAAGGCAACGAAGCGGGAGCAUUACCGCUGCCGAAGUGCCUUCAAAUUACUAGAAAUUGAUGACAAGCUCCAUAUUCUUCAUCCAGGGCUUUCUGUUCUUGAUUGUGGAGCUGCGCCUGGUGCUUGGAGCCAGGUUGCUGUAGAGAGGGUCAACGCCUUAGGUACCGAUCCCGCUGUCCCCACCGGCUUCGUCCUUGGCGUUGACCUCCUGCGGAUUUCUCCUCUGGAAGGAGCAGUCUUCCUGUCGGAGGCUGACAUUGCAGACCCACGCACGCUGAGGACGAUUCAGAGUCUGCUUCCUGCAGAGAAGGUGGAUGUUAUCUUGAGCGACAUGGCACCUAAUGCGACAGGCAUUAAAGAACUGGAUCAUCAGAAGCUGAUCAAUCUAUGCUUAGGCCUGCUGAAUCUGUCACAAAGUAUUUUAAAGCCAAAAGGAACAAUGCUCUGUAAAUUCUGGGAUGGACAUGAGUCCCGUCUUCUGCAAAACAGACUAAAGGAGCAGUUCCAAGACGUGAGACCUAUAAAGCCUCAGGCCAGCCGGAAAGAGUCUGCUGAAUCUUACUAUUUGGCAAGACUGUACAAAGGGAAAUGAAAGCUGAGAACCACAGGUUUUCAAACAGUUGAUUGAUUGGAAAUCUGAAUUUUGUGUGUGUUUAAAGAAAAAUCCCACCAUUAAGACCC